CUCCGACUCUGAUUUACAGCCUAAACCGUCGAGUAUUCAGAUACCACUCACAGAAAAAUGCCUGCACCCACAGCUUUACGGCAAAAUGCCGAACUAGAAAUGACAGAGACGCUUGUUGCGCCUACUAUGUCAGAGCAAGACGAGGAGAUCUUGAUCGACGCCCAAACUUCGGCAGAUCAGGUUUCUUCAGGACUCGCGCCUGAGAUUGAGCCCACUCAAGACAGCGAUAUGCGUAUCGACGAAGAGGGACGGCCCCUCUUCACGCCAGCCAAAGACACUAGCAGGGUAUAUCGAGUUGAAAGCAGGAAGGUUCCUGUACCACCGCAUAGGAUGACUCCUUUGAAGGCUAGCUGGGCACGCAUCUAUCCCCCGCUUGUCGAACACCUUAAACUUCAAGUGCGCAUGAACAUCAAGAAUCGAGCUGUGGAACUACGUACGUCACGAUUCACGACCGAUACGGAAGCCCUGCAGAAGGGCGAGGAUUUCGUCAAAGCUUUUACUCUUGGAUUCGAUGUCGAUGACGCUAUCGCACUUCUCAGGUUGGAUGAUCUUUACAUACGUUCAUUUGAGAUUCGGGAUAUUAAAGCCCUCAACGGAGAGCACCUUAGUCGUGCAAUUGGACGUUGUGCUGGUAAAGAUGGGCGAACAAAAUUUGCGAUAGAGAACGCUACUCGGACAAGAAUCGUCAUUGCAGACCAGAAGAUUCACCUGCUAGGCGCAGUGAAGAAUGUCGACUGUGCCCAACAGGCCAUUGUUAGCUUGAUUCUUGGCAGUCCACCGGGCAAAGUGUAUGGGAACCUUCGUAAGGUGGCUUCUCGCAUGAAGGAGCGUUUUUAGGGGGGAAAAUACCAACCGUCAGCAUCAUGGGAACUACGGUCUCUGCCUCUACCAGAGUUUUGUUUCUUUUUCUCUUUCUUUUUAUGACAUGGUAUCGGCGUUAGGGGUUGUGGCAUAUGAUCUGGAUAGAGUAUAAUGGAUAUGACGACACAGAAACGAGGGAAGGAAUACUCCACUGGAUAUUUUAUCUAUUCAUAUUCAGAAAA